GACAGAAAAAAAAAAAAAAAAAAAAAAAAAAAAAAAAAAAAAAGAAAUCAAAUGAAAUCUCGUUGAAAUUAUUUAAAUUUCCCCAGCCAGAAAAGUUUCCAUCUUUUCGACUUUUGCAUGUAACAUUUUUUCCUGGGCGUUUUUGCUUGGAAGUAUAGUGUUAUUUUAAAUAUUUCUUAACCUUUUUUCCGAUAGAAAGUAGCAUAACAAUAUAUAUUUUUGGUCAUUUUUAAAUAAUAUUACACGCAGUCGGAUUGUUGGGGUUAUUGCUGUUUUGUUUGUUUUUGUUUGUUUUGUUUUUAAUUGCUUUAAAAUUGUAUGCUGUAAUAUCUGGGGUGGUUAUGUGUUUUAUCGCACGGAUUUAUUGUUGCAUUGUCGCUCCUUAAGCAGCAGGACAGGAGAGCCCGACAGGAACUGCUAAGUGAAAAUCAUUUUUUACAAUAUAAUUUAUGCAUCAGGAACUUCUGUUUAUCAGGGUUAUUUGCUAGUCGUCUGAGGUUGCCCGAAGGCAGGCUUUACCAGUUUGUGGUUGUGUGCCUUGGAUAUACAAUGUCCUCAAUCCUGCCAUUCACCCCACCGGUUGUGAAGCGCUUGUUGGGGUGGAAGAAGUCUGCCAGCGGGUCAGGGGGAGCUGGUGGUGGAGAACAAAAUGGACAGGAAGAGAAGUGGUGUGAGAAAGCAGUAAAGAGUUUGGUUAAGAAGCUCAAGAAAACAGGACAGUUAGAUGAACUGGAGAAGGCCAUCACCACUCAGAAUUGUAAUACCAAGUGUGUUACCAUACCAAGCAAUUGCUCUGAAAUUUGGGGACUGAGUACACCAAAUACGAUAGAUCAGUGGGAUACAACAGGCCUUUACAGCUAUCCUGACCAAACCAGAUCUCUUGAUGGCCGACUUCAGGUAUCUCACCGUAAGGGUUUACCGCAUGUUAUCUACUGUCGAUUGUGGAGGUGGCCAGACCUGCACAGUCAUCACGAGCUACGAGCAAUUGAGACCUGUGAAUAUGCUUUUAAUCUUAAAAAGGAUGAAGUGUGUGUUAACCCUUAUCACUACCAAAGGGUGGAAACGCCAGUUUUGCCGCCCGUUCUUGUGCCAAGACACACAGAGAUUCUAACAGAACUGCCUCCACUUGAUGACUACACUCAUUCCAUACCUGAAAACACUAAUUUUCCAGCAGGAAUUGAGCCACCAAACAAUUACAUCCCAGAAACACCACCUCCUGGAUAUAUCAGUGAAGAUGGAGAAACAAGUGAUCAGCAGAUGAACCAGAGUAUGGAUACAGGUUCUCCAGCAGAAAUGUCGCCUAGCACUCUUUCACCUGUCAAUCACAGUAUGGAUCUACAGCCAGUGACUUAUUCAGAACCAGCAUUUUGGUGUUCAAUAGCAUAUUAUGAGUUAAAUCAGCGAGUUGGAGAAACUUUCCAUGCAUCUCAACCCUCCUUGACUGUAGAUGGGUUUACAGACCCAUCCAACUCUGAAAGAUUUUGCCUUGGUUUGCUCUCUAAUGUGAACAGAAAUGCAACCGUUGAGAUGACCAGAAGACACAUAGGGAGAGGAGUGAGACUGUAUUACAUUGGCGGAGAAGUUUUUGCAGAGUGUCUCAGUGACAGCGCUAUCUUUGUCCAGAGUCCCAAUUGCAACCAGAGAUACGGCUGGCAUCCUGCAACUGUUUGUAAAAUUCCACCAGGGUGUAACCUAAAGAUCUUUAACAACCAAGAAUUUGCUGCACUUCUUGCUCAGUCAGUGAACCAAGGAUUUGAGGCAGUUUACCAAUUAACCAGGAUGUGCACUAUUAGGAUGAGUUUUGUCAAAGGAUGGGGUGCAGAAUACAGACGACAGACAGUGACGAGCACUCCUUGCUGGAUUGAACUUCACCUAAACGGACCUCUGCAAUGGCUGGAUAAAGUGUUGACACAGAUGGGCUCCCCCUCAGUCCGCUGCUCAAGCAUGUCCUAGUACUUUUUUCUGGACAGAGACAAAUAUAACGGAGUCCAAAUAACAGGCUUAAUUUCUUUCAUAGUACUUGUUUGUGACCCCACAGACUGUUCACUGUUAAAAACAGAAAUGGCACUUGAUGUCCCAUCAGCUUUAUGCACCUUGUUUUUAUUCUGUCCCCAAAUCCCUAAAUAUUAAAUGUUUUAGUCUCUAGAACUCAAUUAUAACUCUACUUAAAAGGAUGGGGUUGGGUUGGGGUGGACAUGGCAAGGGUGAUCGUGUUUAGUACAUGCAUAGCAUUGAAUUUAUUAUUAUUUUUUUUUUUUUACAUUUGUAUUAUAACUUGGAUCUAAAUUUUAAGAUGGAUAAACAAUAAAGGUGGUAAACUUGAUGGAUAAUUAUCCAGAUGAACUUUUCAGGUCUACCUUUUUUAGCCUUUUUUUUCCCCUUCACAAAUAAAUGUGUUGUGAAAAAAAGUGUUACAAAUGUCAAAUGCGAUAUA